AUGUCAUCCUCUAAAGAGACUGAUCAUGUCGUCAUAUCCUCAUCCGACAUGAGCCGCGCCUUCUCUACGCCUACCGGUCUCCUCGCCCGCCUCAAGGGUCGCAAAGUCGACCUGAACAUCCUCGGCAAGGAAUACUACCAGAAGUCUCUUCAGUAUGACGAACCCCAGCUUCAGAGAGACUCUGUCAAGGUCGGGAGAAAGCUUGACUUUCUCGUCCUGCCAAUGUUCCUCCUACAGAGGCACCCUAUUGGUAAACUGAUUGGCUGCAUGCUCCUUGUCUGGGGUGCCGUCUGCAUGCUGCAGGCCGCCGUUUUUAACUUUGCCGGUUUCUUUGCAAUCCGUUUCUUCCUCGGCAUGCUUGAGGCUUGCGUCUCUCCAGCUUUUAUCAUGCUCACCUCUAUGCUCUGGACACGCGAGGAACAGAGCCUUCGGAGUUCAUACUGGCUGUCUGUUAACGGCGUCUCAUCUAUCCUUGGUGCCUUGCAUUCCUAUGGCGCCGGCCACGCCACUGGCCUUGCUGUUCCGCAGUGGAAGCUCAUCUACCUGAUCGCUGGUGCACUUACCUGCGCCUGGGGAUUCGUUAUACUCCGCUACUUGCCUGAUGGCCCUCACAAUGCCAGAAUGCUGUCGGAGUAUGAGAGAAUUGUCGCUGUGUGGCGUAUCUCCCAUAACCAGACCGGAUUAAAGCACUCGAUGAUUGUGCCUGCACAUAUUAAGGAGGCCCUCAUUGACCCUAAGUCCAUACUUCUCUACUUGAUGGCCAUCUGCUAUGGCAUACUAAAUGGUGGCGUUACCAACUUCCUCUCUUCCAUUAUCAAGGGCUUUGGCUUCAAUCCGUUGCAAACCAGUCUCUUGCAGACUCCCGGGGGUGCCUUUGAGGUCGCUAUGGUUAUAAUCUUCGGAUAUCUGUCCCAGCUACCUAAUAUGAUAGGGGUCACAAUUAUGAUCGCAUGUCUUCCUGGCCUCGCUGGUCUUAUUAGCAUUAUGACCAUCAGUAUGAAGUACCGUUACGCACUCGUUGGGAUGUGCUGGAUGCAAAAUAUCCUCGGCUCCCCUGUCAUUCUGAAUUGGACUCUCCCCGGUCUUAACACCGCCGGCCAUACCAAGCGAAGCACCGUACUUGGAAUUUACUUUGUGGUUUACUGCGCUGGCAAUAUCAUCGGGCCGCAUUUCUUUAUUGAUACUGAGGUCCCGCGGUAUCCUUCUGCUAUAAAGGGCCUUGCCGGCGCUUACACUGCUGCUAUUGGCUUGCAGGCUAUCUAUACGGCGUCUUGCUUCUUAGAGAAUCGCCAGAAACAGGAGAAAGGAUUGUUUAGUGAGGUUAACUUCACAGAGGAGGCCAUGGAGAGCUUUGAGGACCUGACUGACAAGCAGAACAAGCAUUUUAAAUAUCGGAUUUAA